AUGAAAGACCAGAUAGAUAUAGAGGGUAUCAUAAAUGUCAACGGACAGUCUUCAUCCGAAACACUCUUGAACAGGGAUGGAACGCCCAAUACGCAAGAGCCGAUUCUCCAACCAUAUGAAUACUUGAGUAAUUUGCCUAGUAAUAACAAUAACAUCCGAAGGAAUUUCAUUAAAGAGUUUCAGAAGCUAUUUUUUGAUGACAAAACAGCUUACGCCGUGAAUCAUGUUUAUGACAUCAUAUCGCUACUUCACAACUCGUCGUUACUUAUCGACGAUAUCGAAGACAACUCAAAAUAUCGUCGUGGAUUUCCGUCCGCCCAUGUGAAAUAUGGGACAGCCUUGACCAUAAAUUGCGCCAAUUUGAUGUAUUUUAAAGCAAUGAGACUAGCUUCACAUCUAUUGAGUAGAUAUUAUUUGAGCCCAGAUGUUAAUGUUGAUUUGCAACAGCGUGAACAAGAUGUGUGUGACGCAUUCGAAAUGGAGAUGAUAAAUUUGCACCAGGGCCAAGGUUUUGAUAUUUAUUGGCGAGACUACCUACCCGAACUCAAGGUUUUACCCACAAUAGAAGAAUACUUGCGAAUGGUCCAAAACAAGACUGGUGGAUUGUUUCGGUUAUCAGUAAAGUUACUUGAUGCCUUCACAGCCAAACCUCUACCGGAGGCCGAGCUCAACAAAGUUCUUGCAAUUGCAAACUUAGCUGGGAUAAUAUACCAAAUAAGAGAUGAUUACUUGAACUUGGUGGACGCGCGGUACUCAACCAUGAAAGGUAUUGCAGGGGAGGAUUUGAUUGAGGGGAAGUUGUCGCUUCCUAUUUUAAUGAAUUUACGUAAAGAACUACAUGCGGAGAAUUCGCCUGUGCACAAGCUACUUUACGAAUUUAGGACACUGAAACUACGAAGUAAGCAACCAGAGUUGUUGCAACAGGCAGUAAAAUACUUGCAUGAUGAGAAUACGAUGCAGGAAACACACGACAUGUUGAUGCUGUGCAAAGAGAAGUUUCACACCUUACUUGAGGAAUUUGGAUACGGUAGUUCUGAUUUGUAUAAAUUGAUUGAACGUCUUUGCGAUUUGUGA